AUCUGGUCGAUCUUCGUCGUCUUAUCUAGUUUUGGUGGCUGAAACGCAAAAACGCGUACGUACAACACCGCGGCGGAGCACACCAGCAACGUGUACGAAUUUAAUCUCGCGGCACGUCGUUGAGUUACUCGAACGAUCAACAGGGGGCGCUGCGUAGUCUAAUCGAGAGGAAAGGAAAGAGAGAGGAGCCGGUGUGGUAGAGAGCAGCGCGGCAGAGACGAGACGAAACGCGACGCGUUGUCGAGAGGUGGAGCGAGACGGNNNAUCGAGAGGGCGAGUGGAUAAGCGUGGAGGGGGCGUAGCGUGCGGGGGAGGGGGAGCCGAGCGACGACGGAGCAAGCGAGAGAAGUCGGUUAUCGCGUCGGAGAGGGGAACGUCGCGUGAAAGACAAGGAGGAAAAGCAGCGCGCGUUCCUCGUUCGCACAAUAGAGUUAACCGUGAAGAGUGUGCGCGCGCGAGUGAGACGGUCGCGGCUCACGAACGAAGAGAGGGAAUGAUAGUGGAAAAGAGAAAGAGGAGAAACGCUGGGGCUGGUGGACGAGAGACGGAGAGAGAAAGAUCGUGGUAGAGCGAGAGAAGAGAGACGGGAAAGUCGGUGGUGGAAGGAAGAGAGGUCGACGGCGAAAGAGAGAGAGGAAAGGAGGCGAACGAGCGAGUAAGAGACGGAGGACGGUACAGAGUGGCGGUACACGGGGCGCGAGAAAAGCGGUAGUGUGCCGUGGACCACCGCACUGGCAUACCGUGGUUCGUUACGAUCCCCUUCGUACGUCGCUUCGUACCGAACCUCGCAGUCAUCAGCGAAGUCACAUUUCGGCUAGUGCUAGUGCAGUGCGGACAGAGUCGGAGCGGUCGCUUCGGUCCUUUUAAAAAGUACGACCAACGUUUACGAGACACGCCACGGGGCCCCGGGCCUGUGUCGCCGAUAACGCAGAGAGAAAUAUCAUAUCGCAGAGAAAUCAUUUCGAUACGACAGACGCACAGAGGAGAAAGAGAGAGGUCUUUCGCGAGGGAGAGAUCGUCGCGUGCCGGCCGACCGAACCGUCGACGGGCGCGCACGCGGUAGAGAGACCCACAGCCAGUUUUAUAGCCCGUCUUAUUACCCCGGUUUAUUGCGUCGUAACGGUUUAACGAUCAUCGCUCGUUUCCACCACCUAGACCGCCGGUUUACACUCUUGCCGGUAGCGGUAACCAUAACAAGCCCAUAAAAGCCCCCGCCGCUGCCAUGAGUCCCAUUCGCAAUUAUACAUCUACGGCCUACUGACAUUGACACUCCUGGGUGCAACCGCUUAUACCUACCGAUGACUUUUAUGACCUCUUAAAACGGUUUAAUGCCCAUUUGCUUGUCCCUCGUCGACGCUGUCACCUGUCGCCAGCCGCGUCAAACAGCGUAUCGGUGCUCGACGCGACGCGCCUACCUCACGCCUUUUGGCGCGAACCACCACCGGACACACGGAGUAGGAACGACAGCGACCACCACGACCAUCACCUCGACAAUUCUCGCCUCUCGUCCAACGAUCGUCGGGGUGCCUUUCGAACGGUGAACGGACCUUUUCCACCAACUCGGAGAACGCGAACGAGAUAUCGGGCCGCGCGGAGCAUGGACUCUUAACAUCGCUCGUGACUAGCCACGCAACGAAACACACGAUCGUGUGCUCGUUCCUCCUUUUUCCGUCCUCUCGAAGGAUUCGAAGAGAUCUCUACGGAGAACAGUCGUCUGGCGAACACGAGGCCCUUGCCUUUUCGCCUGCUCGCUGUCGCGUGUUAUUUUUUUUUUUGUUUCUCGAGUGGCGGUGUUUCAGUGCAAGUGAUUCAAAAUACCCGGGAUAAUGAACUCGUACUUUGAGCAGACUGCGGGUGGCUUCUACGGAAGUCACCACCAUCAGACAGGAGCCGCCAGUCAACAUCACGAUCCCGCCACAGCCGCGGCCUAUCGAGGCUUCCCUCUCGGCCUGGGUAUGUCACCUUACGCAUCUACGCAGCAUCAUCAUCACACGUCCUCGUCGCUGGGCAUACAUCCAGGCGGAGGUACGAACACGAGACCACCUCAAGAUUCGCCGUACGACGCGAGCGUCGCGACGGCCUGCAAACUUUACUCCACGACACCGGAGGCGACCGGACACACCACCUCUUCCUAUUCGACCACAGCAACCAAGGACUGUAAGCAACAAGAUCAAGCAUCGGCGCAUCAGAAUGGUUACGCUGCGGUGAUGGCAGCCGCGGCCGUCAAGGACGUUUGGCAGUCAGCGACCUCGGGGUCGAACAGUCAGAGCAAUUCGGUGGUCCGUCCUUCGGCGUGCACUCCAGAAGGGACGAGGGUUGGUAGCUACGGUGGUCUCGUAGGCGGCGACCCGGCAUCGAGUCCUGGUAACAACAGUUCCUCGAGGUCCCUCACGUCGUCCUGGAACACCUGCAGUUUGAACUCGUCCGCGAGCCAACCGGUUGCCACGCAACUACAUCAGCAACCCACCAACCAUACCUUCUACCCCUGGAUGGCUAUAGCAGGUAAGGAAGAUAUUGCUAAGCCGCAUUGGACAUGGUUGCAAGGAGCGAACGGAAUGCGCAGGCGCGGCCGACAGACCUACACGCGCUACCAGACGCUCGAGCUGGAGAAGGAAUUCCACACGAACCACUACCUCACCAGGCGGAGGCGGAUCGAGAUGGCACACUCGCUCUGCCUGACGGAACGGCAGAUCAAGAUCUGGUUCCAGAAUCGGCGGAUGAAGCUGAAGAAGGAGAUACAGGCGAUCAAGGAGCUGAACGAACAGGAGAAGCAGGCGCAGGCGCAGAAGGCAGCGGCAGCAGCGGCCGCACCACCGAUACCAUGA